AAUUAAAGUGUGUCUGUUGAGUCAAGAUGUACGGUCCUAUUGGGAGUCACAAGCAGUUUGUUUCGCACGAACAAAAAACAGCAGCAACAAAAAUACCAAAAGUCAACAAAAUGUUAAACGUUGAAAAUAAGUCGGUAAUUAUAAUUGGAUGUGGCGUAGGCGGAACAGCGCUUGCGGCUCGUUUGGCAAGUCGAGGUUUUACGGUUGAUGUGUACGAAAAGAAUGAGCACAGUGGCGGUCGAUUGUCGUUGUUACAUGCGAAUGGACAUCGUUUUGAUCAGGGACCAUCAUUAUAUUUGAUGCCUCGGCUAUUUGAAGAGACAUUUGAUGAUUUGGACGAAAACCUAUCCGAUCAUAUCGAAUUGAUGCAAUGUGAACGCAAUUAUUCCGUAUAUUUUGGUGACGGUGAUCGAUGUGAGUUGAGUUGUAAUUUUGCCAAAAUGUACAACGAAAUCAAGCGUUACGAAGGCGAAAGUGAGAAAACACUGGUAAACUUUAUGAAUUUCAUGAAAGAGACACAUGUUCAUUAUGAGCGCAGCAUUGAGAUUGCAUUGAAAAAUAACUAUGAACAUUGGUACAAUGAAUUUCAACUAAAACACGUGCCGAACGCAUUUCGUUUGCAUUUGUGGAGUACCGUUUAUGGCAGCGUAAAAAAAUUCUUCAACACAGAGAAAAUGCGACAAGCAUUCUCAUUUCAAACCAUGUACAUCGGCAUGAGUCCAUACGAUACGCCAGCAUUGUUCAAUCUUCUUCAGUACACUGAAAUCGCAGAAGGUGUAUUCUAUCCACGCGGUGGAUUUCACAAAGUUAUCGAAGCAUUAGAAAAGAUUGCAACGAAAAAGUUUGGAGCGAAAUUCCAUUACAAUUCGAAUAUAAAGAAAAUCAUCGUCGACGAAGAUAAUGUGGCGAAAGGGGUUCAAUUUGACGAUGGCCGCAAAGAGUAUGCCGAUAUUGUGGUGUGCAAUGCAGAUUUGGUAUACGCAUACAAUAACUUGCUGCCUGAAACGAAAUAUGGGCGAAAAUUGGGCAAACAUGCUGCAUUGACUUCAUCGUCGAUAUCAUUCUAUUGGGGCCUAUCCAAACAAGUUCUUGAACUUGAUGUGCACAAUGUUUUCUUGGCCAAAGAUUACAAAGCCAGUUUCGAUAAUGUAUUCCAACAACAAAUCCUCUCCGAUGAUCCCUUCUUCUAUGUGAACGUACCGUCACGUAUCGAUGCGACCGCUGCACCCGAAGGCAAAGAUACAGUGGUUUUGCUAUUGCCAGUGAGUCAUAUUUCAGCCAAUAAUCAUGAUUGCAUCGAUAAAUGGGUGAAACGGGCAAGACAUCGUUGUAUUCAAAUACUCGAAAAUCGAUUGGGCAUUAAGGAUUUUGAAUCGCUUAUCGAAACGGAAAUUAUCAAUGAUCCACGGUCAUGGGAAUCGAAGUUUAAUUUAUGGAAAGGUGCCAUUCUCGGGAUGUCACACAGUAUUCCCCAGGUUUUACACUAUCGCCCAAGUAUUCGCUGUGAACAGUUUAAAAAUUUAUACUUUGUCGGUGCGUCUGCACAUCCGGGCACAGGUGUUCCAAUCGUGUUAUGCGGCGCUAAAUUAGCUGAACAACAAAUUCUAAAAGAUUAUGGCUUCAUUGAACGUGGACACGACGAUAUAAUCAUCAUUUCGCAGUAUUUACUCUUUGGACUUACAAUGACCGCCUUAUUUUUAGCCAUUUAUUACUUUUUCUUUUUUUAACACCCAUCGAUAAUGUUUAGUUAUCUAAUAUCACACACUUGAUGAUGUAAUGUCGAAUUGAAAUUAUGUCUUGCUUUACAUACACGUAAUUGAUUCUCGAUUCAAAUUAAAACAUUUCUCCGCAUUGUGGUUUGAAAAUGUAAUAAUAAAUAUAAUAAUUUGAAACGAAUGCCAA